UAUAAAAUCCCAGGGACCUGUAUUAAAAAAUAUUUUCAUACUAGUGCUAUACUACCAUCUAAAUCAUCGAAAAUCACAUAUUCUCUUCCACGUAUUAUUGGUAAUAUUUUACCAAGAAUUAUCAAAGGAAAGGGUAUUUAUCUUUAUACUGAAGACGGGAGAAAAAUUAUUGAUACUUCUUCAGGUGCUGCUGUCUCUUGUAUUGGCUAUGGUAACAAUAGAGUAAUUAAAGCCAUGAAAAAGGCAUUAGAUACAGGAACUCCGUACCUAUCUACCUCAUUUUGGGGUAAUAAUGUUGUUGAACUGUUGUGUGAAGAAUUGAUCAAUGGAACAAAGGGUCAAAUGGCUAAAGUUUACUUGUGUGGUUCAGGUUCAGAGGCUAUCGAGGCUACUCUAAAACUGUCUCGUCAAUUUUUUUUUGAUCAAGACCCAGAAACACUACGUGUUAACUUUAUCGCCCGAGAGAAUUCAUACCACGGUGUUACUAUCGGUGCUUUGAGCAUAUCAGGACAUAUUGAGCGCAGAGCACCUUAUCUACCCUUACUCAUGAAAAAUGUUCACCAUGUUUCCUCUUGUAACCCAUACCGGCAACGGAUAGAAGGCGAAUCAGAUGCAGCUUUUGUUACUCGUAAAGCUGCUGAACUCGAGGCUAAAUUUAUAGAGUUAGGGCCAGAAACAGUGAUCGGUUUUAUAGCUGAACCAGUCGUCGGCGCUGCGCUUGGGUGUGUUCCACAUGUUCCUGGCUAUCUGAAAGCAAUGCGAGAUGUUUGUCACAAAUACGGUGCUCUUUUCAUACUCGAUGAAAUAAUGUGUGGAAUGGGCCGAACAGGACUUGGAGGAGGAUACCAACCAAUAGGGGCUGUGUUAAUCUCGGAAAAGGUGUUUAAUGUAUUGCAAAAAAGAGGGCGGUUCGUUCAUGCUCAAACUUACCAGAGCAUGCCUAUACAAGCGGCUGCUGCUCUAGAAGUCCAAAAAAUUAUACGAGAAGGUAAUUUGAUGGAUAAUGUUUCCAAACUAGGUGAGUAUUUAGGAGUGCGUUUAAAAGCCGUUCUGGGUAACCAUCCUAAUGUAGGUGACAUCCGGGGACAGGGUCUCUUCUGGGGAAUAGAAUUUGUUAAAGAUAAUUUAACAAAGGAGCCUUUCGAUCGUAAACUUGAUAUUGCAGAAAAUAUAAAAAACACUGCCUUAUUACCUCCAUAUAAUAUGACAGUCUAUGCUGGAACUGGUACUGCAGAUGGUGUGCGUGGAGACCAUAUAAUGCUUGCUCCUCCUUAUAUUCUUAAAAAGAAAGACGUGGACCAUAUAGUCAUGGUUAUAUCGGCUGUGAUUAAAGAUGUUUUCAAGAAAAUUAACUCUUAA